CCAUUAAAAACACAUCUUCUUCAUCAAUAUUCCAAACUUAAAUUACACUUUGCAGGUGAGAGAUUUAUGGAGCAUCUUGAGAAAGGUCAACAAGUAGAAAUUGAUGAAAAAAAAUGGGUUUACGACUCCUCGUUUGAUCAUAGAGGACAAACACCUCUUCGUUCUUCGACUGGUGCUUGGAAAGCAUCAUUGUUCAUUAUCGCCAUCGAGUUUGCAGAGAGGCUAUGUUACUUUGGGAUCGCGACAAGUUUGAUUAUAUACCUCACUAAAGUCCUUCAUCAAGAUGUAAAAACAUCGGCUAAGAGCGCUAAUCAAUGGGCCGGAGUAACGACUCUAAUGCCACUUGUCGGAGGAUUUCUAGCCGACAGUUACUUGGGACGUUUUCGAACAGUUCUUUUAUCAUCAAUUAUCUAUCUAAUGGGUUUGAUUCUGUUGACAAUGUCUAGUAUGAUUCCGAGUUUAAAACCUUGUGCAAACCACGAGCAUUGUGUAGAACCUAGAAAGAUCCAUGUAGUUGUGUUCUUCAUUGCAAUAUAUUUGGUAUCCGUGGGCACGGGUGGACACAAACCUUCGUUAGAAAGCUUCGGAGCUGAUCAAUUCGAUGAUGAUCAUCCAGAAGAACGCAAGAAAAAGAUGUCAUUCUUCAAUUGGUGGAGUGUAGCCCUUUGCUCAGGGCUAUUGCUCGGUGUAACACUCAUUGUGUACAUGCAAGACCAUGUUGGUUGGGGUCAAGCAGAUAUCAUUCUCACCAUUGCUAUGGCUUGUUCGGUGGCCAUCUUCAUCAUUGGUAGGCCUUUCUAUCGAUACCGAAAGCCCGUGAACCCGUUGAAGCGUAUGGUACAAGUAUGUGUUGCAGCAUUUUAUAAAAGAAAAUUACCUUACCCUUCUAGCCCUAACGAUUUACAUGAGGUCCAAAAAUCAGAAAAAUCCCAAGAGCGCCAACUUUGCCACACCAACACCUUCAAGUUUCUUGAUAAAGCCGCGAUAAUUGAAGAAGAAGAUUUUGCUGACAAGAAACAAGAUCCAUGGCGACUAUCGACAGUAACAAGAGUAGAAGAAAUGAAGUUGCUUUUAAACAUGAUCCCUAUUUGGCUAACAUCGAUACCUUUCGGUAUCUGUGUGGCACAAGCAACAACGUUCUUUAUCAAACAAGGCGUGUUACUAGACCGAAAAAUCACCCAUACUUUCAUCCUCCCACCCGCUUCGAUAUUCGGCCUAUCGGCUCUCGGAAUUAUCGUUUCCGUAACAAUUUACGAUAGAAUCCUAGUCCCUUUGCUAAGGCGGGUAACGGGAACCGAAAGAGGAAUCAACAUCCUACAAAGAAUCGGAAUCGGAAUGGUGUUUUCCGUCACAACAAUGAUCGUUUCCGCCGUUGUUGAACGAAAGCGUCUAGCGGUCGUGGGAGACAAUCCGUUACACGGGUCGGCCGGAAUGAGUGUGUUCUGGUUAGCACCACAGUUUUUAAUCAUCGGAAUUGGGGAUGCGUUCACUUUAGUUGGUCUUCAAGAAUACUUUUAUGAUCAAGUUCCUGAUUCCAUGAGAAGCAUCGGAAUUGCGCUUUACCUAAGUGUGAUUGGAGCUGGAAACUUUAUGAGUAGUUUCUUGAUCACAAUUGUGGAUCAUGUGACUACAAAAGUGUCGGGAAAAAGUUGGUUUGGGAAGGAUUUGAAUGGUAGCCGUCUCGACUAUUUUUAUUGGUUGCUGGCGGCAAUCGCUGCAGUGAAUUUGUGUGUGUAUGUGUUUGUAGCGCGCAGAUACUCGUACAAGAACGUACAGCAAACGACCACGGUGGCUGUGGCCGAUUGCUACCAAGGUCACGGCCACGUGGCAAGGGCUUGAUAUAUAUGUGUUAUGUUAUACAGUAAAAUCAUAUUAUAUAGUUUGGUAUGUUUUAUUUGAUACAUUUAGUAGAAAAUUUUGUUGUAAUAUAUUCCCAUUUGUGCAUGUUGCACGUGUCGCACUAUUGUGUUCUGCAAAAUACUUCAAAAAUCUAUCAAAUAAAUUAAAGUAAAUCAUAUUUUAGCGUGGA